GUGGUGCUGCUGGUGCUGGUGGCGGCGGCGGCACCUCUUCGUCUUCCGCGGCCCAGCGCUCGCACCGCUGCCUCUGUUUCUCGGCCGUAGCCGCGCCGCCGGGCGCCGCCGCGCAGCGCCCACUCCGCACGCAGGGCGGCUGGGAGUCGCUGCCUCUCGGAGGGAGGUGAUAAUAGAAUUCAUAGAAGUGAAGAAUUGUUAAAGACAGUAACAAAAAGGAAAGAAAAAUGCCGAAACCAAUCAAUGUAAGAGUAACGACGAUGGAUGCUGAGCUGGAAUUUGCCAUCCAGCCAAAUACAACUGGCAAACAACUUUUUGAUCAGGUGGUGAAGACAGUUGGUUUGCGUGAAGUCUGGUUUUUUGGGCUGCAGUAUGUAGACAGCAAAGGUUAUUCUACAUGGCUUAAACUAAAUAAAAAGGUCACCCAGCAAGAUGUUAAAAAAGAAAAUCCAUUACAGUUCAAAUUUAGAGCUAAAUUCUUCCCUGAAGAUGUUUCUGAGGAAUUAAUUCAAGAAAUAACCCAGAGACUUUUCUUCUUGCAAGUUAAAGAAGCCAUCUUAAACGAUGAGAUCUAUUGUCCACCAGAAACUGCAGUUCUUCUGGCUUCCUAUGCUGUUCAGGCCAAGUAUGGAGAUUAUAAUAAAGAGAUUCAUAAACCGGGCUACCUGGCUAAUGACAGACUCCUGCCUCAACGGGUUUUGGAACAACACAAACUGACAAAAGAACAGUGGGAGGAAAGAAUACAGAACUGGCAUGAAGAACAUCGAGGAAUGCUAAGGGAAGAUUCUAUGAUGGAAUACCUGAAGAUUGCACAAGAUCUGGAAAUGUAUGGAGUAAAUUAUUUUGAAAUAAAAAAUAAAAAGGGAACCGAACUCUGGCUAGGUGUUGAUGCUCUGGGUCUGAAUAUUUAUGAGCAUGAUGACAAGUUAACACCUAAAAUUGGUUUUCCCUGGAGUGAAAUCAGAAAUAUUUCAUUUAAUGACAAAAAAUUUGUUAUAAAGCCAAUUGACAAAAAGGCACCUGAUUUUGUUUUUUAUGCACCUCGUUUGAGAAUCAAUAAGCGGAUUUUGGCCUUAUGUAUGGGAAACCAUGAGCUGUAUAUGCGCAGACGGAAGCCCGACACGAUUGAAGUGCAGCAGAUGAAGGCUCAGGCCAGAGAGGAGAAACACCAGAAGCAGCUGGAAAGGGCACAGUUAGAGAAUGAAAAGAAGAAAAGAGAAAUAGCAGAAAAAGAAAAAGAAAGAAUAGAACGUGAGAAAGAGGAACUAAUGGAACGUCUGAGGCAAAUUGAAGAACAAACACUGAAAGCCCAAAAAGAACUAGAAGAACAGACUCGAAAAGCUCUAGAACUGGACCAGGAACGAAAGCGAGCAAAAGAAGAAGCAGAACGCCUUGACAAGGAGCGUCGAGCUGCUGAAGAGGCCAAGUCAGCCAUAGCAAAACAAGCUGCUGACCAGAUGAAGAAUCAGGAACAGCUAGCAGCAGAACUUGCUGAAUUCACUGCCAAGAUUGCACUUCUAGAAGAAGCCAAGAAGAAAAAAGAAGAGGAAGCAACUGAGUGGCAGCACAAAGCUUUUGCAGCCCAGGAAGACUUGGAAAAAACCAAAGAAGAGUUAAAAACUGUGAUGUCAGCGCCCCCUCCACCUCCACCACCACCGGUCAUUGCUCCAACGGAAAAUGAACAUGAUGAACACGAUGAGAACAAUGCUGAGGCUAGUGCUGAAUUAUCCAACGAAGGGGUAAUGAACCACAGAAGCGAGGAAGAACGUGUAACGGAAACACAGAAAAAUGAGCGUGUUAAAAAGCAGCUCCAGGCAUUAAGUUCAGAAUUAGCCCAAGCCAGAGAUGAAACUAAGAAAACACAAAAUGAUGUUCUUCAUGCCGAGAACGUUAAAGCAGGCCGUGACAAGUACAAGACUCUGCGACAGAUUCGACAAGGCAAUACAAAGCAGCGUAUUGAUGAGUUUGAAGCAAUGUGAGAGCUGUUCGUUUGCAUACAUGUUCCUCAUAAGCUGAACCACCAUCAGAGAAAAGCAGGCCUUUGCAGAUGUGAUGGAAUGCAUCCCACCUUGCCAAAGCACUUAAUACCAGUUUGACUGUGGUGGCUAACAAAUUUAUGGCGAGCUCUUCAGCAUUAAGGCAGUGUGAUGUCAUGGUUGGUUUUCUUUCAGGGCAGGGAGUGGAGAACAGUGAUUUGUUGCCUCCUUUCAUAUUUUCCAUUUUCCAUUUUUUUCCUGUUAAAUUAACACUAAUUAUCACGUCUGAAUGUGCGUGUGGUUUGAACAUUUUGUACAUUUUAAAGCAUAAUGGUGUUUACGUAAAGCACUGUUUUCUCUCGCCCCUUCUGUAUUUUUAACCUGCACGCAUUUCCACAUUCUCAUUUUUCAGUGUGCCCUUCUCAUAUUCUGCCACAUCCACAGCUAGAAUUCUGCCAUGAUACAGAUCGUUGGCAGUGUUUAAAAUGAUGGUAGUA